UCACUUGACAGGAAUGCCUCAGAACUGUGAGAGUGGCCUAUGCAGCUGGGAGUGGAUACAUUGGGAUAACCUUAAUGCUGAAUGAAAGGGUGUGAGAGUGUGGGACACAAUUUUUUCACAUACAACACUUUAGGGGAGCCCAGGAGUGAGAGAGAGAGGAAGACACAGAAGAAGAUGCUGCAGUGACACCACUGUUGGAGGGUGCAUAACCUCACACUUUGUGUUUACUUAUUGACCAACAUUCUGAAGCAGUGGAAGAGAAGUUUUGUGAGUAAGUGCAUAAUUUGUUAGGACUGUCUUUGCAAGAUGAAGCUUUGUGUGUGAAAACAAACGCUAAAGUGGACAUUUCCCACAUCAACUCGUGUCAGCGGCAGCCAACUGCCUCACUGAGGGACUUCUGUAUCACCCUGAGUGUGUGUGUGGUGCUGUUUGUGUGUGAGUGAUUUUAAGCCUUCAUUUCUGAUUCAGCAUGGAUCAACCAGCUAGCAGCUGUAUGCGGAGCUCUCAUCCUGGCAGUGCUCUUUGGGGUUGUGCCAGAGCCCCUCACCCUGCCAGUGUCUCUGGAGGUGGUCUACAGCCCUACCAGCAGGCCUCCUUCUCCCUGCAUCAGAAACCUGAUUUCUUGACCUACACAGACUUCUCCAGCUCGUGCCUUGUGCCAGCACCACACUCAUACCCACGAGAUGAGAGACUCUACCAGGAAGCGCAAGGCAUGUACCAGCGAGCAGAGUGGCAGUUCAGCCCAUGUGAGCCACGUGGCAGGGGCCAGGAGCCUUGCCAUACAGCAGCUGUGACAGUUGGAGCUUCUGGAGGAACGGACAUGGGCAGUGCAGGAGCAGACAGGCUGCCCGAGACAGUAACACCAGGUCCAGAGGGAGAUUACUCACCUCAAAAUAUUGCCACAACUGAUACAGAGAAGAAGAGCUGCAAGAGGAAAAGAGAACUCACAGAUAUUCAGGACCCUGGGUUUAAGCCUGACUCAAACUGCAAGGCAAGGAAGGAAAGGACAGCCUUUACUAAGGAGCAGCUGAGAGAGCUCGAGGCUGAGUUCACCCAUCACAACUACCUGACUCGCCUGCGCCGCUAUGAAAUUGCAGUUAAUUUGGACCUCACUGAGAGACAGGUGAAAGUGUGGUUUCAAAACAGACGUAUGAAAUGGAAGAGGGUGAAAGGUGGUCAACCUGCUUCCCCUCAUGACCUGGAAGCAGAUGAAUUGGAUUCUGCAGCCUCACCCAGCUCAGAGUGAUGACCCUGACUUCCGCCUUCACAUAAAAACACAUCCAGGAAUCCCAGGCUGCUAUGGAGUGGCCAUAAAUAUGAAAUGAAUUUAACAUGAUGUCAGGUUUUUCCACCGCUCUCCUCACACAUCCAGAUAAGCGGUUUUAUAAACUUUUUUUGGAGGACAGCAUUCUCAAGGGCCACUGGUGUGGACAAGAUACUAAAGUGGAACUCAGAUAUUCACAUAAUCCACUCAAACUGAGAAAGUCAUACCAGAGCACAUAUAUGUCAAACAUACAUAUGAUCCAUAUUCGUUGUUCAAGUUUCACCUCCAAUGAUGACACUAUGAUGAAAUCAUUCUGAAAGUUUUUAAAAAGUCUGUUACAGAAAAACAGGAUCACUCAACAUCUGAAGGAUGCUCAACCUAUGCCAAUGCACCAGACAUUAAUGUUACAUUUUUUUGUUUUUAUUGUAAGUCUUUCUGUCAAUUUGUUUUUAAAAUAUACUUUUUCUAUUGAACCGUUGUUUUCAAUCACUGUUGUAAGUCUUUUGUUUCAUUGAAUGUAAUUAAAUUUAUCAAACACAGAUGUUGCAUAUUGGAAAAUGCAAAAAGUUAAUAAAUCACUAAAAAAUGAAAACAAAUGCAAAUGUUGAACUAUCAUUUGAAAUCAUGAAGUUAUCCUUCUUAGAUUUCACUAAUACACUCUGUAUAUCCUGGCAUUUUUGUUCAGUAGUCUCUUAAACUUCCCAGACAAAUGUAU